UUCACAUCAGAAACAAGCAGUCUGGUCUUCAUAUGGUGGCACUGACCAGAAUGUCCCAAGUACCCAAGCCCCAGAUACCGUACAGAAUCACAGAGGAGUCAUACUGUGAGACACUUCCUGAACCAUUGCAACUCUUCAGUGACAAUGACCAAAUCAUAGUUUGCAGCAAAGGUUUCCAGUCUCCAGAGCACAAGCAGCAUGCAGCAUAUGAUAUCCAAGAAGCUGCUGAGUACUACAGGAAGUUAUUCCAGGAAACCCUGGUUACACUGAGAAAAAAGCUUGAAGCAGCUAAGAGCUUACUGGCCGAAGAGCGAGAGAGAAUGGUGACGAUUCAGGAAGAAGAACAGAGGUUUAAAGAGAUGAUUGAGGCCGAGUAUAAGAUGCGAUUCCAGUUACUGACUGAAGAGAAAGAAGAAGAGUAUUCGAGACUGCCAGCCUACAAAGUUGACCUGAACUUCAAUGGACCUAAUCAGGACCACCUGAUGAAGUGUGGUACUGAGCUCAUGCAGAAGUCCCAAGAAAUGCUACAGAGACUUAGCCGCCUGGGGAGAGAGAACAUGGGCAAACUGAAGGCGAGUGAAGUCCGGCUUUGCGAGCACCUCUGCAGCCUCCAGAGGAUCAUCAAAGACCUGGAGAGGAAUAGUGCAGAAUCUGCCAUUGUACUGCUCCAGAAUGCAAAGUGCUAUUUAAAAAGGAGUGAGUCUAUACUGCUUCAAAGCCUGGAGCCAGCUCAGAUAACAGACCUGAGUUCAUGCCAGAUAAUCGGAACAAGCAGUGUUCUACUGAGGCUCCAAAGACAUAUCACUUUGGACCCAGACACAGCUCACCCCUCCCUAGUCUUAUCUGAAGACCUGGGAAGUGUGGGAUUCGGAGAGACACCAAGAACUGGGCCUGCCACUCGAAGGAGAUUUGACUUCAGCGCUUCUGUGUUGGCUGCAGAGAGCUUCAAGUCAGGGAGGCAUUAUUGGGAGGUGGCUGUGGGGCAAGCCGCCCAGUGGCAGGUGGGCAUAUGUGACUGUACAGAGAAAAAGGACAGCAUUCCUGGGGCUUCAGGAGAUAAAGUCUUGCUCAUGGGAUCCAUGAUGGGGAGUGAUUGUACCCUCUGGGUCUUUCCUCCUUUAAGAAAGAUCUGCCUGAGAAAGCAAAUGUACAAAGUUGGAAUCUUCCUCGACUGUGACUGUGGGCAAGUAUCAUUCUACAAUGUGACAGAGCAGUCCCUCAUUUACAGUUUCUCUGACCUUACCUUCCGAGGAGCGGUUAAACCAAUAUUUUCUCUUUGUAUUCCAAAUGGAGACAUGAGUUCAGACUCUCUCACUGUCUGUCUCCCUCAGACUCAUCCCUGAAAUGCUGCCGAUAGCUCUUCAUCUUCCUGUGUGUGGAACCCAAGAUAGAAAGAGAUCAUAAAAUAAGAUCCAGAGUUUGUGAAGACCACUUAUGAAAUUAAUCCAAUAUGAUUCAAUAAAGUCACUAGACUUAA